AUCCGCAGGUUUUCGAUUCCGAGUCUUGGUUCGUUUCGAGGUUAAAAAUAACACAAACCAUCGCAAAUUUUAGUGCAUUGUGACAAAAUGGCUUUUUCUGCUGCUGCACUACGUAAUCAGCUUGCUGCUUUAACAAACUCGUCUGGCAUUCAUAGGGAACAAGCCGACAAAUACCGGGCCCUGCUUGAUCAAAUUUUGCUCAACACGGGAAAUGAAUUAGUUGAUACCCUCAAACUGUUUAUCGAAGCAAUUGUGAAUGAACAUGUUAGUCUUGUGAUUUCCCGUCAAAUCUUAUCGGACGUGAGUUCCCAUUUGGCAAAACUUCCCGAUGAUAUUUCGAAGGCUGUGUCUCAUUUCACUCUCGACAAAGUACAGCCCCGAGUUAUAUCUUUUGAAGAACAAGUAGCUAGUAUUCGACAACAUUUGGCACAAAUUUACGAGCGCAACCAAAACUGGAAAGAAGCAGCCAAUGUGUUGGGUGGCAUUCCACUAGAGACGGGCCAGAAGCCAUAUUCAUUGGAUUACAAACUGGAAACGUACCUAAAAAUUGCUCGUUUAUACUUGGAAGAUGAAGAUCCUGUUCAAGCGGAAGCAUUUAUAAAUCGUGCUUCCAUUCUGCAGGCGGAUACAAAAGAUGAAAAACUACAGAUUCUUUAUAAAGUUUGCUAUGCAAGAGUGCUGGACUAUCGUCGAAAAUUCAUCGAAGCUGCUCAGCGUUAUAACGAGCUUUCCUAUCGUACAAUCGUAGAAGAAACCGAACGCAUGACUGCCUUGAAAAAAGCAUUAAUUUGCACUGUGCUAGCCUCGGCUGGACAGCAAAGAUCUCGUAUGCUCGCCACGCUUUUCAAAGACGAACGCUGUCAGCACCUACCGGCUUAUUCUAUUUUGGAAAAGAUGUAUUUGGAUCGAAUUAUUCGUCGAUCGGAAUUGCAAGAUUUCGAAGCAUUACUUCAGGCUCAUCAGAAAGCGAGCACUGUUGAUGGUUCGACAAUUCUCGAUAGAGCCGUGUUUGAGCAUAAUCUGUUGUCCGCAAGCAAGUUAUAUAAUAAUAUAACGUUUGAUGAACUGGGUUCACUGUUGGAAAUUCCACCGCCAAAAGCGGAAAGAAUUGCUAGCCAGAUGAUUACCGAAGGUCGUAUGAACGGCUAUAUCGAUCAAAUCGAUGGGGUUGUACACUUUGAAACGCGUGAGAUUCUGCCUCAAUGGGAUAAGCAAAUUCAAAGUCUUUGCUACCAAGUAAAUGGGUUGAUUGAAAAAAUUAGUGCUGCGGAACCCGAGUGGAUUAAUAAGAUAAUGGAUGAAGAGAUGUGCACCUAAAGCAAAAAGGCGCCGGUUAGCUGAAACAUUUUUAAAUGCUUUCAGUUUCGCUGAUACCUAUACUGCUUAGUUUUAAUUUUAUUCAAAAUUUAUAAAAGUAGAAGUCGAUUCAUGUUCAUCGACCUUUGCGUGAUAAAUUUUAUUUAUGGAAAAUAAAGAAAUCACAUGUCGGAAAUAUC